ACAAGUGCUUGAUUUUGAUAUUCUAUUAAUUUUGCAUAAAUAAAAAUAGAAAUAAGCACAAUUUUUGUGCUUAAUUUUAAGACGGAACAACCAGUUACUUUUAUAUUAGAUUUUAAAAGUUCACUACUUUUUUGAAAAAUGAAAAUUAAGAAUUUGAAAUAAAAAAAAUUAUAAUUUUAAAAAAACCUUGUUUAUAGGAACAAAGUGGAUCAUAGUUAGUUUUGAAAUUAAGAUAAAUAGUAUUGCCACUCAAAAAUAGCCAUUCAUUUGUAUAUCACUUAAAUUACCCAAUUACAUCAUACUCCUCUAAUAGUAGCUAUACUCUCUAAAGCUAAAUGGCUUUCUCAAAUCAUUAUCACUUCCACUCCAUUUCUUUUGUCAUCCUUGCUUUGGGAUUUUGGGCAUCUCAAGCCUCAGCUCGUCCUCUCGACCUUCACAAAGCCUUGCUAAUAAGAAAGAGACACGAGCAAUGGAUGACUCAACAUGGUCGCGUUUACAAGGAUGAGAUAGAGAAGGAGAAACGUUUCAACAUAUUUAAGAAAAAUAUCGAGUACAUAGAGAAUUUUAAUGGUAAUAAUGCUUCAUCAAACAAAAUGUUCACAUUAGGCGUUAAUGCUUUCACUGAUUUAACUACUGAGGAGUUUAUAGCCACGCAUACGGGUUAUAAGAGGCAAUUUCAUUCCAUAUCCAAUGGCUCGAUGACAAUGGAGUUCAGUUACGAAAACCUUACCGAUUAUGACAUCUCGCCUUCAGUGGAUUGGAGAGAACAAGGAGCUGUUACAGGGAUAAAGUACCAAGGCCAAUGUGAGGGUUGCUGGGCAUUUUCGGUGGUUGCAGCAGUAGAAGGACUAAAUAGAAUUAAAUUUGGACAAUUAAUCUCACUAUCAGAGGAAGAACUCAUCGAUUGUGUUCAAGAAGACGGUUGUCGUGGCGGUGAUGUCUCGAAAGCUUACACAUUCACCCAACAAAACCAAGGCAUAACAACUGAAGGUGAGUACCCAUACACUGCAUACUACGGCUAUCAGGGUCAGUGCCAAGCUUGGAACGCUGGAGGCAAUACAGUGACAAUUAAUGGCUAUCAAAAUGUUCCUCAAAACGACGAAAUCUCUCUGAUGCAGGCCGUUUCCCGACAACCUGUCUCGGCUGGCAUCGACGCUAGCUCUGCAGAUUUUAAGAGCUACAGCGGGGGAAUUUACUACAACCAAAUGUGUGGAACCUCCUAUUACGAUUUAAAUCAUGCUGUUACUAUUAUCGGGUACGGUUACGACGACACCUAUGGGACUAACUAUUGGUUGAUCAAAAAUUCAUGGGGAGAAUCCUGGGGUGAGAAUGGUUAUAUGAGAAUCAUCAAAGAUCAAAAUCAAUGUGGCAUUUCCAUGGCCGCUUCUUAUCCUAUAUAAUUUUUAUUUAAUUACAUGUUAUUCAUGGAAGAAUGUUGAAGUAUGUAAGUCAAAUUAGUGGUUAGUUAGUUCCAGUGUUUAGGAGCAAUUGUUAGUCAGUUGCAUAAAUUAGGAUUUUGUUUUUGGCUAAAAUAAUUUAGCCUAAAUGUGCUUUUGCUUUGCUUGUUAGAUUGGCGCUCCGAUCCGUAUUAUAGUUAGUGCUUGUUAUU